GGCAGGGCUUGCUCGGGCGAGGCGGCGGCCGGGCCGGACCGGGCCACAGGCGGUGGCGGCGAGACCAUGGACGCGGCGGCCGCUGCUCCGCGUCCUCGGCUGCUCCUCCUCGUGCUGGCGACGGCGGCGGCGACGCUGGUCCCGGGGGCGACGGCAUUACAGUGUUUCUGCCACCUUUGUACAAAAGACAAUUUUACUUGUGUGACAGAUGGGCUCUGCUUUGUCUCUGUCACAGAGACCACAGACAAAGUUAUACACAAUAGCAUGUGUAUAGCUGAAAUUGACCUAAUUCCUCGAGACAGACCGUUUGUAUGUGCCCCGUCUUCGAAAACCGGGUCUGUAACUACAACGUAUUGCUGCAAUCAGGACCACUGCAAUAAAAUAGAGCUCCCGACUGUUGGCCCUUUUUCAGGAAAGCCAUCAUCUGGCCUUGGUCCUGUUGAACUGGCAGCUGUCAUUGCUGGACCAGUCUGCUUUGUCUGCAUCUCCCUCAUGUUGAUGGUUUAUAUCUGCCAUAAUCGUACUGUCAUUCACCAUCGAGUGCCAAAUGAAGAGGACCCUUCCUUAGAUCGUCCUUUUAUUUCAGAGGGCACAACGUUAAAAGAUUUAAUUUAUGAUAUGACAACCUCGGGUUCUGGAUCAGGUUUACCAUUGCUCGUUCAGAGAACAAUUGCAAGAACUAUUGUGUUACAAGAAAGUAUUGGUAAAGGUCGAUUUGGAGAAGUUUGGCGGGGAAAGUGGAGAGGAGAAGAAGUUGCUGUUAAAAUAUUCUCCUCUAGAGAAGAACGCUCAUGGUUCCGUGAGGCUGAGAUUUAUCAGACUGUAAUGUUACGCCAUGAAAACAUCUUGGGAUUUAUAGCAGCAGACAAUAAAGACAACGGUACCUGGACUCAGCUCUGGUUGGUGUCAGAUUAUCAUGAGCACGGAUCCCUUUUUGAUUAUUUGAACAGAUACACAGUUACCGUGGAAGGAAUGAUAAAACUCGCUUUGUCCACAGCAAGUGGACUUGCCCAUCUUCAUAUGGAGAUUGUUGGUACCCAAGGGAAACCAGCCAUUGCUCACAGAGAUUUUAAGUCCAAGAAUAUUUUAGUAAAGAAGAAUGGCACUUGCUGCAUUGCAGACUUAGGACUGGCAGUGAGACACGAUUCAGCCACAGAUACGAUUGAUAUUGCUCCGAACCACAGAGUGGGAACAAAAAGGUACAUGGCCCCUGAAGUUCUAGAUGAUUCCAUAAACAUGAAACACUUUGAAUCCUUCAAACGUGCCGACAUCUAUGCAAUGGGCUUAGUAUUCUGGGAAAUAGCUCGACGAUGUUCCAUUGGUGGAAUUCAUGAAGAUUACCAGCUGCCUUAUUAUGAUCUUGUACCUUCUGAUCCGUCAGUUGAAGAAAUGAGAAAAGUUGUUUGUGAACAGAAGUUAAGGCCAAAUAUUCCAAACAGAUGGCAGAGUUGUGAAGCCUUGAGAGUAAUGGCAAAAAUUAUGAGAGAAUGUUGGUACGCCAAUGGAGCCGCUAGACUUACAGCUUUGAGGAUUAAGAAAACAUUGUCACAACUCAGUCAACAGGAAGGCAUCAAAAUGUAGUUCUGUGGCUUUGCCUGAACUCUGCUUUUUCUUCAGAUCUGCUCCUGGGUUUUCAUUUGGGAGGUCAGCUGUUCUACCUCACUGAGAGGGGCUAGAAGGAUAUUGCUUCCUUUUGCAACAGUGUGAUAAGGUCAAUGAGAAACUCCCCAGGAUUUCUUUGGAUCCAGGAAACAGCCACGUGGGUCUUUUCUCUGCACUAUGAACACUUCUUUCCCAGGACAGUUACAAAGUGUUAUGUAGUCUACCUUUAUUUUUAAUUAACACAAAACUUGGUUGUUGUUUUGUUGUUUUUUUUUUUAAAGGUGAUUGCUGAUCUUAACUUUAGGUUAACUCUGCUGUGCUGAAGAUCAUCUUUAAGGGUAAAGGAGCUGGAUCGUUGAGUUAUACGAAACAUUUCUUAUUUUUCAAGAAAGUGAUUUUAUUCCUGGUUAGUACAUUCUCAGAGGAUUCUGAACCACUAAAGAGUUUUCUUGAUUCAGACUUUGAAUGUACUGUUCUAUAACUUUCAGGAUCUUAAAGCUAACACUUAUAAAACUCUUAUCUUGAGUCUAAAAAUGACCUCAUAUAGUAGUGAGGAACAUAAUUUAUGCAAUUGUAUUUUGUAUACUAUUACUGUUCUUUCACAUAUUCAGAACAUUACAUGCCUUCAAAAUGGGAUUGUCCUAUACCAGUAAGUGCCGCUUCUGUGUCUUUCUAAUGGAAUGACUAGAAUUGUUUAAAGUCUGUGUGUCUUAAAACCUGUAGUAUUUUAAUUCGAGAAGUUUAUUUAUCUGGGUAACCCAGACUUUUUCUGUUUUGUUUUUCUGGAGGAAUUUUUGUAGUAUGUCGUUUGGUAUUCCAUUUUGAAAAUGCCUUUCUCCUACCAAAAUGUGCUUAAACCACUAAAGGAAUGAAGUGGCAUUAAUUGGUAAAUGUUAUCAUGGUCAUAUUUGAAUAUUCUCACUUCAAACUUUUGCAUUUAAAUUGUGUCGUCUAAGUAUACCUUCAGUCAAGUGGCACUCUAGAUGCUUAUAGUACUUUAAUAAUUUAAAACUUGUAGCCUACAGACUAAUUUUUCUAAAAGGGAAAAUUUGUCUAGCUGCUUGUGAAAAGUUGUGUGGCAUUCUGUAAGCCAUUUUUUUUCUUUAUCUGAUCAAAGACAGUGUUAUUUUUUUAAGAAAUGAACUACAUUUAAAAUUAGGAUAUGGUUGAUGUUAAAUAAUAGGCCUUUUUCUAGGAAGGUAAAAGUAGUUAAUAAUUUGAAUAGCUAACAGGUGUGCAGGAGAGUCACAUUUGUUAUGUAGGAGUCAGUGUUCGGUGGACUUUCUGUCUUUGUAACUAAGGUCAGAGUUGGUGUGGUUUUGGGGUCUCACGUUGAAGAAGGCAGCUUCUAUUCAGUCUUUCCGUGUGCACAUCCUGCAAGUGUUUAAUCUACAUGGCUACAUUAUGAGUUCAGUACACCCUUGGUAUUUGGGAGUGGUAGCUAAGAAACAUUCUUGAGUGCAGGGUCUCCAUUUACAGACGUUUUCAGUCAGAUUAAAUGUCUCAAGCAAACUCGUCAUGGUCUUUUCAUUAACUUGAAACUAACUUAUAAUAACUGGUUUUUACUUCCAGUGCUAAAAGUCCUUUCGGGCUUUUAUAAUUUUCAGAGUUCUCUUUAUCACUGUGAUCUUACUCUGAUGGGAGAGAAAAAACUAUCAUAGCGGUAAGGCAAGACAUUGACUUUAUAGUGCUAUCAAUUUCCAGAUAAAAGGGUCAGAAUAACCUUUACAGUAUUUCGGUCAGUAAGAAAUCAUGGCCAUUUACGCUGACUGGGCUGCAUUCUGAUAAUGUCUUAUCUCUUACACAUAGAAUAAAUUUGAAAGACUAUUUGGUCUUAAAGCCAAAGUAAUUUUAGAAUGAAUGACAUAUGCAUAGGAAUUUAGUGUCAAUUUCAUGUGUUUAAAAACAUCAUGGGGAAAAUGUGCUUAGAGGUUAAUAUUUUGACUCCAAACUUGAGUUUUUUCUGUAGUUACCAUGAUUUUUGUCAAAGCAAAUGAAUUAGUUUGAGGGGUUUGUUUUUAUAAUUUUGUUAGAUUUCCUGUUUAAUAAUCUCUAGCUCUGUGAUUAAGUACCUUUUUUUUUUUUUGCCAUUUCUAAGCCUACCAGAUCUGCUUUAUGAAAUCCAGGGGACCAAUGCUAAAACUAUUUUUAUAUAAUUUUAAGAACAUACCAAAAUUUCUUGUCUGAUUUGAAACUUGUGAUACAUAAUUUCUCACUUUCCUAUAAGGUAAUCAACUUUUACUGAAGAUAUUCUUUAUUAAAUCAAAGAUUGAGUUGCAGUUGUACUGUUCUUGCCUAAGUGGAUAUAAUGUACUUUUGGUGAGUCAGGGAAUGUUUUUUUAAAGUUGGAGAUUCUAAAUUGGGUUUAUUACUGCAGCAAAUUCCUUUUUUGGCUAAUGAGUUUGAUAAACCCCAAUUGGCUAAUACUGGAAAUGGAAGUCACCUAAAAGAUGAAUUAGAUCCUGAUUGCUAUGACCAUAACUGCAGAGAGGUUUGACUAGCGUAUUAAUUUUGUCAUUUAGAAACACAAUCCUUUGUUUAUACUGCCUAUCUUCAGAUGCUCACCUUCCAAGAUUAAACUUGGCUUAAAAUGUACCUUCAGGCCAGUUACCUGUCCACAUUCAUUUUGUCAGUAUCCCCGGAGGACUGGGGAUGAGGGGGUACGACCCAGUGGGGCACAGGUGUCCCCAGUUCCUUCCUUCGUAACUUCAGCUUUCUUUUCUCAGUCUGCCUUCCUGCUGGUCCCUGAGUGGAGACCGUUGCCUUGUUGCCUCCCUGCCCUGCUCAUCACCCCACAGCAGCCUUCUGACCAAAUAGCUGCUUUUGGUAUCUAAACGGAUGACAGAAAUGUAGAACAUGCUUCCAUUUCUUUGAGUCACGGGUGUUGCCCGGAGGGCUCUCCCAAGCGAGGAGAUUGGGUGGGUGAUGGCCCCGUUUGGGACUUCAGUCACGGCCGGGGAGUGGGAAGGCCGUAAGGUGGCCGCGUGGCAAUAGGAGAUGUGCCAAAAGCAGCGGCCCUUCCUACCUGCUGUAGGACAGCACCAGGUCUGAGGAAGUGAGCCUGUGCCUCUGCCUUGGGGGUAAUGCUCAAGAAGUGCCUUGAGUCCGUGCACAGAGCCAUGGCCGUCAAGAUCUCCAAUUUCAGUUCUCCUUACAGAGAGCUCAUGCGGGAGCUCCCUUCUGCUUCCCUCCCCCUGCGUCUGAGAACUGGCCCAUUUAGACUGUUUGGUAAAACAAGACGGUGGAGGGUUAAAUAAAAUGCAGAACAAAAUCAGUAUCCCACUAGACCUGUCAUAUCAAGAGUUUAGUUUUAUCCUUGCACUAAAGAGUGAUUGUAAGUCAACUGUUUCUUUGUGUUUCUUGACUGUGGCAGUGGUGGAGGUUCCAAACAGUGGUUCUGUUACAGCUUGGCGGGAAAUGCCAAGUCAGAGGUUUUUGAGAUCUGGACAUGUAAUCGGUAGCUUCUUGAGUGUGAUAAAGAACGCUGGAAUAGCCACCAGCGCCCCCCGGCAGUGCGGGGAUUCUGAGUCAUUCUGAGGACUCUCCGUGCGUGCGUUCGAGCUUUUCAACACCAUUAUGCAAUCUUACUUGUAAUUGUAAACUUCUAAGAAUGUGGUUAAUAAUACUCAACCUGUUUCUUACAGCUUAAAAAAACUUAAGUGAAUUUGUUUUUAUUUUUUAACAAGAUUUGUGAAUUGAAUUUCAUGAACCGUGUUUUGAUAUCCCUUUUUCACAUUGUGCCAAUGGAAUGGGGUGUUUGAUAUUUCUUUAUAUGUCAAGGAGAUGCUUCAAAAUGUCAAUUGCUUUAACCUUAAAUUACCUCUCAAGAGACCAAGGUACAUUUACCUCAUUGUAUAUAUAAUGUUUAAUAUUUGUCAGAGCAUUCUCCAGGUUUGCAGUUUUAUUUCUAUAAAGUAUGAGUGUUAUGUUGCUAAAUUACUCAAAUGGUACUGUAUUGUUUAUAUUUGUACCCCAAAUAACAUCUUCUAUAGUCUCUGUUUUCUGUAUUUUAUUGUAUCCGUGCAAAAUUCUUUUGGCUUUAUCAGUGUAACCUCUGCCCUUUCGGAUGUGUACAGAAAAUGCCCCUGUAAAUUUUCAUUUAAGUUGAAUGAUUUUGAGAAACCUGUAAAGAGGAAAGAAAAAGAUGACAGUUCCCCGUAAGUUUUUAAAAAUUGUAUAUUGUAUUUGUAGUAAUAUUCUGAAUGAGCUGUAAAUAGGAAGUAGAAGAGCGAUGCUUAUGUUGAGUCCUAACACUACAGUAGAGAAAUGGAAACAAUGCAAAUAAACGACUUUUUCCCAA